AAGAAAUACCUCAGGGAGAAAGACAGGAUGUAGCUUCUGAAAGCCCCUAAAGGCAUCCUAGAAUGGAAGAGUGAAGAAUUAGUGGCAAUGACUGCAAAACAGGACAACAGCGAGUGUUCAGCUCUUGGAAGGUCUAAUGGCUUUAACAUUGAGUGCUAAAUUUGAUUGGGGCAGGACACCACUCCUGCCCUCCCUUAGCUCAGUUCCUUCUCUUUGGUGCUGCUGAGAUGUUUGCUUGUGCCAGAGGCCUACUGUGAGGGGUCACUAAUGUUCCUACAACAGGUCAAAGCUGUAAAUGAAAGUGGAAGCACAGCAUAUGAGCUUGAUAAGCAUAAUGCAACAAUAAUGUCCCUUUCAGCCUUGCAGAGUAGUUCUGGCACCCAGCUUCUCAGAAACAGAAAGGACAGGCUCUCAAGCAUCUGUUUAGACUUGCUCAUGUAGAAAGAGCCAGAAAAGGUGUGCAGUGCAAGAACAAGGAAAGGGUUAGUGAGUGGGAAAAGCAUCACAGCAGAGGCAGGUUUAAAUGCUUAACUGUGCUAAUGAAGUAUUUGAGAGACUGAAAAGAGUUUGAAACAACAGUAUUCCAGAAAGGGAGACAUUAAAAAGUACUGAAUGUUGCACUGCUGAAGAAACCAAACAGAUUUCUGGGGAACCUUUCUCUCUUUUCCAGCAGCACUGUAUAUACCCUAUUACUGAACACAAAAAGGACUGAAGCAGUGAGAAUGGAAACCACAAAGAUUAAUAUGUCCCGUGUCCCACUGGUUAACGGAGGCAUUGAUACUGCCAUGCUCAAAACGCACAAACCCCGUGUGAUGUCCAAAAGCGGUCACAGCAAUGUGCGGAUAGACAAAGUCGAUGGCAUUUACCUACUCUACCUUCAGGAUUUGUGGACUACAGUUAUAGACAUGAAGUGGAGGUACAAACUCACCUUAUUUGCUGCUACUUUUGUUAUGACCUGGUUCCUCUUUGGAGUUAUCUACUAUGCUAUUGCAUUCCUUCAUGGUGAUUUAGAAAUAAACAAGUUCACACCAAAGCAUGAGCCAUGUGUCAAGAAUGUAGACUCUCUAACUGGGGCAUUCCUCUUCUCCCUGGAGUCACAGACAACCAUUGGCUAUGGAUUUCGUUUCAUUACAGAGGAGUGUCCUCAUGCCAUUUUCUUACUUGUAGCCCAACUGGUCAUCACCACCUUGAUAGAAAUCUUCAUCACAGGUACCUUUCUGGCCAAAAUUGCAAGACCUAAAAAAAGGGCAGAGACUAUUAAAUUCAGCCACUGCGCUGUCAUUACUAAACACAAUGGAGAACUUUGCCUGGUGAUCAGAGUAGCAAAUAUGAGGAAGAGCCUUCUGAUACAGUGUCAGCUGUCUGGGAAGCUUCUUCAGACAUAUGAAACCAAAGAAGGGGAAAGGAUCCUGCUGAAUCAAGCCAGUGUCAAGUUCAAUGUUGACUCCUCUUCAGAGAGUCCAUUUCUCAUUUUGCCUUUAACCUUCUACCAUAUUUUGGAUGAAAGCAGCCCUCUGAGAGAUCUCACACCUCAAAAUCUCAAGGAUAAGGACUUUGAGCUUGUGGUGCUCCUCAAUGCCACGGUGGAAUCCACCAGUGCUGUCUGCCAAAGCAGAACUUCCUAUAUCCCUGAGGAGAUCCACUGGGGCUACGAGUUCGUGCCUGUGGUUUCUCUCUCUCCAAAUGGAAAGUAUGUUGCAGAUUUCAGUCAGUUUGAGAAGAUUAGGAGAAGCACAGACUCUACUUUUUAUAGUAUGGACUCUGAAAAACAAAAACUAGAGGAGAAAUACAGACAGGAAGAUCAAAGAGAGAGGCAACUGAGAACAAUGUUGUUGCAGCAGAGCAAUGUUUGAUUGAAUAGACAAACUAUUCUGAUUAAUCCUUCUUGCAAACUGAAAAUACAUACUCUCUGUGCUGUAUGUCUGCUAUGAAACCAGCAGUGAAGUCCUUUUCUGCAAAUAGCUUUGGUGUAUAGUAAACCUAUCUCUUUGUUUGGUCCAGCUAUAAAUCAAGUAUUUUGUAAUUAGCCAGGAUUUCUUUUUCAUGAUUGUGAUUUAGCAAAGUUGGAUUUGUAUUAUGUCUCUGCCUUAUACCGCCACUAUAAGCAGACAUACCACACUUUCCCUUUGGAAAGUGAAACUGGAUGCACUGUGCUGAUUCCUUCAAAUAUUUAUUUGACAUGGUUUUACUGUGAACAUGCAUUCGCAGAGGCAGCACACAGUACUGCUAGAAGAAAAUAUGCUCCUUUGAAAUAUGUAUAUUUAAAAUGUAUAUUCUUGUACCAGGUAUUGCCUUCACAGGUUUUACCUGGAAAAUAAGUUGAUCAGAGAGACAAAUGUUUGGAUGUGGGAAAAGCCUGCAGGAAGUUGAUAAACUCCUUAAAUUUUGAAGGAGGGUGACAGAGUAGUUGUGCUGGGUGGUGAGGAAGAGAGCUUAUUUUCUGUCUUGCUACCCAGAGCUUGUUUUGUGAUUACUCAUUCUUUUAACCUUGUUAGUGUCCGAUUUAUAUAUAAUAGCAAAAAGAGAAGAUGAGGGCAAGAUACACAGAAUCAUUAAGAGUAAUCAAGUAAGGUUAAAGUUGGCUUUGAGACACCUGUUUUUCAUCCAAUGUAAAUAGUUUGUAAUAGCAGCAUAACAAUACAUUUCUACAGAUUGCUUGCUUUGCUAUGGACCGUAUUUAAUUUUGGUUAAAAGAAAGCUGUAUAAUGUCUGUAGACAGUAUUUACUUUUUCUGGCAACCAUAAAGGACAAGCAUUCCUUUCAUCCAUUUCAUUUCUGGUCAAUCAAAACCAUUCCAUUAAUAAAGGAAUAUAAUUUGA